ACAAAGAUGUUGCUUGGCCCAAAUCUGAAUGGAAAAUUAUUGAUGAUAUUUUUUCCCUUCCAACAAUUGCAGAUCAAGACAUGUGGUGGUCAGGGUCUUGCUUUUGGGGGCGACGUUUCAAAAGAAGAGGAUGUGGAAUCAAUGAUCAAAACUGCAGUUAAUGCAUGGGGAACCGUUGAUAUAUUGAUAAACAAUGCAGGUAUUACUAGAGAUGGUUUAUUGAUGAGAAUGAAGACGUCUCAGUGGCAGGAAGUUAUUGAUCUGAAUCUCACUGGUGUAUACCACUGCACACAGGCUGCAGCCAAAAUUAUGAUGAAAAAGAAAAAGGGGAGGAUAAUUAACAUAGCAUCAGUUGUUGGUCUUACUGGUAAUAUUGGGCAAGCCAAUUAUAAUGCUGCCAAAGCAGGGGUAAUUGGCCUAACGAAAACCGUGGCAAAGGAAUAUGCAAGCAGGAAUGUUAAUGUGAGUUUUCAAUCGUGUCAAUCCAUUCUCAUAAUUAGGCAUUGUACUAGAUGCAGCAAGUAG